AUGCAUCGUCUGCUACAGAUCCUUGCUGUUUCCAUAGUCUUAGCAAGAACGACAGCAUGGAGGGGAAACAAAGUACGCCGGGAAGAAUUCGAGGAUCCACAACUUCAUUACCAUCACAAAAUGCCUCCUUUCCUAAAGAAUGUGAGCGAGGAUGCUCGGUGGGAGUUCUACCAAAUCACGAGAGACCUAACAACUUCAAUGAAUCAGAAAAUGGAAAAAAUCCGAAAAUGGGCUGAAGAACAAAAAGUAUCGAACAACAAAGAAACUCUUGAGCUGAUACGCGAGGCUGUACCAGUACGAGCCGCAUGCAGCCAAGUACUCACGUCCGAGUUCUUAAGGCAUUGCAGAGAGGUGAUAAAGGAAGACCUUGAAAAGAGAAGAGCAGAAGUGCUGGCUGAAGCUGCAGAGGUGGAGAGAAGCAUCCGUUAUGCCCGUCGAGACUUCGCCUGUAGCAAGACGAGGAUGACUGCUCUCCGGGAAACAUCCAUUGCAUCAAGAAGGGGAAUGGAGAAAAUCAUCUACGACUUCUACUCUGAUCUCUUUGACAGCCAAUGUCCACUUGCCUCCUCACCAUCUCAGGGAAGACAGACAUGUCAUUCCAGAGAUUCUCCCGUCCGAAGUACGACAUGCUACCAUGUCGGUAACAAAUCGUACGGCACCCGGUCCCGACAGAAUAAGACCAGAACACCUGAAGAACCUUCCGCCAGUACCCAUCAACACCCUGGCGAGGCUCUUUACACGUUACCCGAUGGAAUGCAAGGAGAGUACAAGCUGCGGUUCUGUCUCACCUUCAUCGACUUGAAGAAGGCUUCCGACUCAGUUGAGAUGGAAGCGGUCAUGAAAGCCCUGAGCAACAGAGCCGUCCUUAUUCAUCACAUGAAGGAUGCUGUCGAAAAGUGGUUUAAACAAAUGGGAGAAUUUUGGAAGGAUGUCGACAAAAACACUGUAAGAGUCCUCAAGGAACUACCAUCAGCUUAUCCAAAGGUCUACGAGAUCUGGUCUGACAUGGACCUCACUCCCAAGGAAAUGUAUAGAAAAUUUCGUAAGCUGGGAUUAGAUCGCGCAGUUGCAAGGUCGUUACACGAGGUUUCCAUGGUUGUGAUUCAUUCCGAUGCACACGAUCACAAUCUGAAUAUCAAUAUGGAAACUUUUCUUGAAAAGUUAAUUGGCGAAAAGUUCGACAAACACCUAUCUCGGCAUCACUUCCGUCACUAA